AUGAGACUCUCCGCCGCCCUCUCCGUCGCAAUCCUCGCCUCAACAGCUUGCGCCGCACCAGUCGACACUGAACAACACCCCCUGAAGUUCCCCUCAGUUGUCUCAAAAGCCCCCACUGUCGCGGCUGGCACAGUAGCACCCUCAGCAGCCACAUCGGAAUCUAGCAGCAACGGCAACACAACCCCGGCGUCCAACAUCAUCGCAUCCGCUUGGAAACAAAUCUUUGGCGAUAAGGAAGGAGAGGAGGAUCCGAACCUCGGGAGGGCGUGCUUCUGCGCCAAUGGGAAAAGCAACCGGAAAUCCCAGAUGAGGCGAGCAUCGGAAUGGUGGCACUCCACUCGCCCCGUCCCCGGCAAGCAAGGGGACCCGCUAUGUCCCGACGGCAGACCGGGGUGGAUCCCGUAUCGUGACCCACCCCUCCCCGAUCCGGAAUACUCCAUGCCCGGACGAGUCCGUCGUAAUGCCACCCUGCUCGAGAACAAGAUCUGGGAAAUACGAGAUACAAGAUACGACAUCCUCGUCGCUUCUUCGACGUUCACCUAA